UGCUCCCGCUCCUCUUCAAGCGGACUGUCAAUUUGCAGAUGGCUGCGCGCUGUUAACGACCGUAGAACAUACACUCGCCCGAAGUCACGGUAACGUCACGGUAGAGCUGGAAUUUCUCCUCUCCUCGGUCAGGGGAUGUGCAUUUGGACAGGAGAGUGUCCUCGGGACAGCGACGCGCCGCAUUGCUCCGCUCCUCUCCUACCGAGGACAUAGAAACCCCGGCUUCAGAAGCUUAUCUUGGACGGGAUGGCGGGUGCUAAGUGCCUUCUGAAGACGCCGAGUAACUUCCAGUCGUCAGCCAUGUUCGAGAGCUCUGAGUCGGCAGACGUCGAGGGAGUCAGCACAGAUAGCACCCUGGGAUCCUCCGUCACCGCCUGCAAGAAGGUGCUGUGCAGUAGCAGUGUGCUGGACUCGUCAGAGUACUGGCUGAAGAAUGAGAAGGCUCUGUGCAGGCUGGGCCUCCUGGAGGAUGAUGCUGAGGGGAGAUGCAAUAUGAUCUGCUUUGUGAAUCUGGACCAGCAGAAGGUGGAUCGUCACGACGACAGCUGCAUCAAGAAACUGGCCUCGAUCUCUCCAGACCUGCCCAAGCUGGUUGGCUCUCUGAGCGUGCAACAGCCCAAGGUGAACGAGAUCCUGCUGCUCGGUGGUUUGGAGACUCCGGACCCCUCUCACCCUCAUCAGUACCCCAGCUACACACAGGGCCAGAGGGGUACAGAUGUGUGCCUGGUCCAGUGUGCUGGGGGCCGGAGGCCUACCAGCAUCAUCUAUGAGAUCAACAAGUUCCUGAUCGGGCUGCAGUGGGGUCAGGAGAGGCAGGGGGCCCAGGGGCGUAUGAUGGCAGGGCAGAGGCUGGAUGACGACACCAACCGCUCCUUUUCAUCCAUAGAGGAGGACUUCCUCACUGCCUCAGAACACCUGGGGGAUGACAGCGAGGAUGACGGCUUACGAAACGAGUGCAGUGAUGUGGCAGAGGGCUUAGCAGAUGCAGCACACAGCUGCAGACCUGCGUGUCAGAGGGGACGCCUGGGCCAGCACCAGUGGCAGGACAGCGAGGACUCCGAGGUGACCAUCUGCGCCCCCCAAGCCACCAAGAAACAAGGAGGAAGGGCACCGGCGAGAGCUAGCAGUCACCACAAUAAGGAGUCGGCCGGCCACUACGCCACCAACCUGGCUGAGUCGGUACUGCAGGACGCCUUCAUCCGCCUGUCUCAGGACGAACAGUCCUUCGCCACCGAGGCCGCUGUGAGCAUGUCCCCCGGCAGCCACCGCCCCCCCACCAGCCUCACCCGAACAGGAGCAGAGGAGCCAUCUCGGGCACGCGCCUGCUCUUUCGAGCUGCCCAAGAUCGUCAUAGUGCAGAGCCCGGAUAACUGCGAGGGCCUGCCAGAGUGGCUGGAUACUCAGGCCUCUCACGUGGCUGUGGAGCAUGGUGUUGGUGGUGAUGAUGGUGCUACCAGACAGGUAACGGUGGAACACGGACCAGAGGCCCAUGGCUUCCGCCCUACCACCACUACCAGUGGACGCCACUUCAACAAACCCCUGCAGCGGGCCCUGGCAUGCGCUGCCAGCGUCAUCGGCACCAUCUCCAGCCCACAGGUAGCAGAGCAGCUGGCGAUGGAUCCAACAGAGGAGGAUAUGGAGAGAGAGGGACAGAGGGACCCUGAGGGCACCGACUACUCCUUCUCCUCAGCCAUGUGCGGGAUGGCCCAGGUGGCGGGGGCGGUGGCCGUGGUGGAGCUAGACGAAGAGGCCGGGGAGGGGGACUGCGAGUCAGAAGAUGACUCCACCACCGAGGUCUACUCGGCCGCCUCCGUGGGGCUCCUAUCUGCAGCACAGGCCUCCACGGCCAUCACUCUCCACUGCAGCGUGGCCGAAGGGACCAGCAUCGAGGCCUUCCGUACCAGCAUUGCUGAAGUUCUUCACAAGGAGGCAGCAGGGGUGCUGGCUCAGCCCCAGGACUACAAGAGUGUGGCCCACCUACUGGAGUCCACCCACAACAGGAUCGUGGAUGGCAUUACGUCUCCCAAAAAGUCCUGUCUGGACAAGAUGGACGAGACUGAGGUGGACGAUUUCAUCAGCGAGGUGGCCAAUGGCCUCUUCAAGCACGCGUUCGAGAAAGCGAAAAAGAAAAAAGAACUGGAAGGCCCGGGCAAAGACGUCCCUGAUAUCCAGGGCUUUCUGCAGGAGAGCGUGAGCAAUGUGCUCUUCGACGUCCUUUGUCUCACUUCAAAGCGGAUCGGUGCCAUUUCCAAAUGUGAUAUAGGGUCGUUUGACAGACAAGAGGGUGAUGUCGGCUCCAGGGACUACGAGGCGGCCGCCACCACCAAGGAACCAUUAAGCCAAUUACAGCGCUUUGUUGGCUCCAGCCAGCCCGAUAAUUGUGAAGCCCACUGGGCAGAGAAGAUGCCCGUCUACUCUGGGAUAAGGGAGGACAAAUAUAGACUGGAGGAGAGGGAGAGUGAACCACAUAUCAGAGAGCAGCAGCAGCACAGACAAGCUCCAACUAAAGUCUCAUCCUCUACUAAGGACUGCUAUGACCUCCAGGGCCAGCAGGCCAGAGGAAACAUCAGAGAGCCUUUUACAGAGAGCUUAGCCCACCAGGUAUCUUCAUCCCUGGGCACAGAGAAAAGAUGGAGAGCCAGUACGGACAGCAGACAGUCUUCUCUGACCCCUCAGUCCUCUUUUAGCUCCUCCUCCACAGGGGCCUUGGUCUGCCUAAAGAUGGACUCAGAAUCGAGAACCACCCCCGUCAACUACUUCGCUGAUGACUUGGCCACCACCGUGGUCUCCAUGGCCACUGAGCUGGCCGCCAUCUGCCUGGAGAACUCCAGCGGGAAGCAGCCAUGGUUCUGUGCCCUGAAGGGCGCAGCCGGCUACUACCCCGAGGGGGGCUACCUGCUGCCCUCCUGUUGCACGGCCCUCCGCAGAAAGGAGGGCCAGAACGGCGGUGUGUCAUCCAAAAAGCACCGGCCGCCGCGCCUCAGUGAGAUCAAGAGGAAGACUGAGGAGCAGCCUGAGUUGAUGGAGUGCCUGGUCAACCGUGUGGUGGAUGAGACGGUCAACCUAGACGACAUGCCCCAGACUCUUGACCCAUUCGCACUCUUUGCCUCCGAGGUCACCGCCCGCAUCAUGAACUGCCCCGAGCUCAAUGUGGUUGACACCUCCAAGCCCGGCCAGCAGACCCGCAGCCGGCUGCAGUGUGAGAGGUGGAGCCGGGGCAAGGCCGCCAGCUAUGAAAGCAUCCCAGAGGAGGACGCAGGCCCCCCGGGUACCCCCAACACCCUGGGCCCCGGCAGCCGGCUGGGCCAGAACCUGAGCAGGGGAGGCUCCAUCUCCAAGCAGUCCAGCUGCGAGAGCAUCACAGACGAGUUCUCCCGCUUCAUGGUGAACCAGAUGGAGACAGAGGGCCGGGGCUUCGACCUGCUGCUGGACUACUACGCCGGGCAGAACGCCAGCAACAUCCUGGCGGCAGCCAUGCAGCAGGCAGCCACCAAGAAGAACGGCCAUCUCAAUGUGAGGACCACCUCCUGUCUGUCCAAGCAGUCCAGCACAGAGAGCAUCACGGAGGAGUUCUACAGGUUCAUGCUCAAAGACAUGGACAAGGAGAGCAAAGACUACAGUAUGGGCAGAACUAAAGAGUGGAGCAACAGCCUAUUGCCUCCAUCUCCCAGAACGCUCUUCUGUAUCCGUCAGUCCUCCGUGCCGGACAGACGUUUCUCAGACUCCAGGCUGACCGUCAACUCGCCCAUCAAGGCCAACUCCUUUGACGGCUUUGUCCGCAAUGUGCACGGGGACACGCUCAACAUCUACCCCACCAACUCGGUGCAGGUGUCAUCCACGGGCCUGUGCAAGUCUGACUCCUGUCUGUACCAGAGGGGCCAGACGGACCAGAUCACCGACAUGCUGAUCCACGAGACCUGGUCCAGCUCCAUUGAGUCCCUGAUGCGGAAGAACAAGAUCAUUGCGGACCCAGAGGACAGCAUUGACCUGGUGGAUGCAGAGUCCCAAACCCAUGUGCUGCAGUAUGCCGACCGCCUGGCCGCAGACAUCGUGGAAACCGGGAAGUCUGUCCUGCAGGAAGGGGAUGGGGCCGGAGGAGGGGGCGUGGUGGGGCGACAGCAACACAUGCCCGUGGGGGAGAGGAGGAGAGGCUUCAAACAGUCCCGCCCUGGUUGCACCCAGAGCAGAGCCAGCCAGGAGAAACCAGGAGGGGGUGGAGACAGCACAUGUACAGCAGCGGGGCCACCCAUCAGGGGCCCCAGGGAGGUCCCUGUACCAGUGAUCCACAUCGAGACAGAUCAGAGGGAUGAUCCGGAGUCUGGGGAACCGGUGGAAAGGGUCGAGCAUCCCCGCUGGGACCCAGCGCCCCCUGAGGGGACAGCCCAGUGGUGCACUGAGAUGGCCUCAGUGAGACGCAGCAGGAACGGGAACAGCAGCACGUCUAGCCUGGGUCUGGCAGACCUGGAGGGCUUCUCUGACAUCCCCAGUCAGAGCACAGUGAACAGUGAGGAGGCGGAGAAGGGUCACCUAAGGGAGAGCAAAGAGAACGUAGACGAGGGCAUCUCACUGCGGUCAGUGGGGGGCAGUAGCAGCCACAGGGAGCUUCUGGUGGUCAACUGUGACUUGGAUCCAGAGUGUGUGGACUCAGAGCUGCGGUUGGCCCUGCAGUGGAUCGCUGCCUCCGAGCUGGGCCUGCAUGCCGUCUACUUCAGGAAGUGUAAAGAGAGGAGGACAUCCAAGGUGGGUGCAGCACAGCACAUGCAGUUCCAGAGGGUGGUGCAGCUGGUGUCUCAGAAGGCAUGGAGGAUCAGAGACCUCUUCAGCGCUGUCAUCCAGUUCUGUAAGCUCUAUCAGGAAGAGGAGGAUGGAGGCAGCUCUCUGUCCAGCCUGUUUGACUGGCUACUGGAGACCCACUAGGCACUGCCAACAACCUCCAUCUACACAAACACACACACACACACACCAGCCAAUGUCCUCAACUGUGUACCCCCCAUGCAUCAAACCCCACCAUCAAGCCUAGUGUUUCCCAGCACACGGCAUGCGAAUCAUGAAAAACUCCUAGCCUGGUAGCCAGAUUUGUUUGUACUUUAGCCAAUUCCUCUUUCAUUAAAUGUGAUGUAAGCCAUGACAAGGAACGCUAGAAGUUUUGGCUAAAGCAUCAACAGGUCUGGCUACUAGAAUAGAAACCCUUUCCUGGUCCCAGAUUAGUUUUUGCUGUCUUGCCAACUCCUAUGGUCAAUGGACAACGAGGAGUAGAAGAUUUGGCUGAAGCACAAACAGGUAAGGCUUCCAGACUAAAAACCACACCACACCCAUGAUAUUAUACACACCCUCUUAUAGGACUGGCUAUGGGACUGAGGACUUUGAUUGGGUUGCAGUGAGCAGACAUGUCUCCCUUUAAUAAGACAAGCAUGUUUCUCAUUUUCUGAUGCACGAUCCCUAGUUAGACGAACCCAAGAAAAACCCAGCAUCAGUUUGGGAUGUAGGCCUUAUUUAUUUAGUACAAACAAAUCAGCCAUCUGAGAUUCUAGCCUGCAGAUUUUUGAUUCCUUUAGUUGUUAAUUAUCCUAUACAUUACGUUUUCACGAUCGGAUGUGUUCUUUUAUAAAUUAUGUAUUUAUUACACAUAAACACACACACAACAAACAACAAGGCACCAAUAGAAGACUGUACCCCAUUCCCUCAACCAAUCAAACUCAAAAAGAAACCAGAUUAUGUUUUAAUGUACAGUAGCUAUCUUGAAGAGACUGUCAGACAGCAGCCAUCAUUCCAGUUGGGCUUUGCUGACUGCGACAUAGGUAUGCACUACUAUGCUUAACAGUUGCCCAGAGCCUGUAUUCACAAAGCGUCUCAGAGCAGGACUGCUGAUCUAGGAUCAGAUCCCCCGCCUGUCCUGGUAAUCAUACCAAACUCAUCCUAUAUCAGCCCUCCUAAUCUGAGAUGCUUUGUGAACACGGACCCAGAUGAACAUAGUUGUCGUUUACGUCAGCCAACAUUGUCUACUUCUGUUGUAACUUUGUUACGGCUUAAGUUAUCUGUCAUUCUUCAUGUUAUCUGUCGUUCUUAUGUAAGUUAUCUGUAUGUAAGUUAUCUGUCGUUCUUCAUGUUCUUUGAGAAUUGUUUAUUUUGGAUAGCUGUAUAUAUUGUAGAUUCUUGAACUGCUGCAACUUGGGGUAGAAAGACUGCUCUCUCUCAUUUCAUUUUUACUACUUUCAGAAAGACAGAGAAGGUUUGUAAUGUCUAAUUUGUACGUGAAUCUGGUUUGUCAGGUUUUAUCUGCAUAGUGGUACUAUAGUGUUAAGUCGUCGGCAUUAAAAAGCACACAAUUCAACUCUGUUGCUGUAGAAACUGAAUGUAUCUUUAUCUUUUGAGAUCAAUAAAUUCAUGUAAUAUGUGA